AUGAGAGCCAGAGCAAAGGUCAGAGGAUCCAUCAGAGACUCAAACCAGAACCAGAACCAGAACCCAGCUGUGUGUCCUUGAAGAGCGACAUGUCAAAGGAUGAUAUGAUUAACUUUAAAUCUCCUGGAUCUCCACCAUCAGAGAGAGUGGACCAGCAGAGCUCAGAGGUUCCCAGUGUUUCAUCUGCCCAGCAGCAACAAACACAGCUGGACUCCAUAUUUAUGACGUUAGAGGACAACAUUGUCACUUUUCUGAAGAACGAGCUGAAGAAGAUCCAUAAGAUUCUGAGUCCAGAUGACCCAGAACGCUCAGAGAGUCAGAGAGAUGAUGAUGAGGUGUUGGAAGGUGAGGAUGAAGAGCAGAGGGGGAGCAGCAGAGCGGCAGUGAUGAAGAUCACAAUGAACUUCCUGAGGAGGAUGAAGCAGGAGGAGCUGGCUGACCGUCUGCAGAGCAAACGUCUUGCUGCAGUUUGUGAACAUAAACUUAAAUCUGGUCUGAAGAAGAAGUUCCAGUCUGUGUUUGAGGGGAUUGCUAAAGCAGGAAGUCCAACCCUUCUGAACCAGAUCUACACAGAGCUCUACAUCACAGAGGGAGGGACUGGAGAGGUCAAUGAUGAACAUGAGGUCAGACAGAUUGAAACAGCAUCCAGGAAACAACACAGACCAGAAACAACAAUCAGACAAGAAGACAUCUUUAAAGUCCCACCUGGAAGAGAUCAACCAAUCAGAACAGUGAUGACAAAGGGAGUGGCUGGCAUUGGGAAAACAGUCUUAACACAGAAGUUCACUCUGGACUGGGCUGAAGACAAAGCCCACCAGGACAUCCAGUUCAUAUUUCCAUUCACCUUCAGAGAGCUGAAUGUGCUGAAAGAGAAAAAGUUCAGCUUGGUGGAACUUGUUCAUCACUUCUUUAGUGAAACCAAAGAAAUCUGCAGCUUUGAACAUUUCCAGGUUCUGUUCAUCUUUGAUGGUCUGGAUGAGAGUCGACUUCCUCUGGACUUCCACAACAAGGAGAUCCUGACUGAUGCUACAGAGUCCACCUCAGUGGACGUUCUGCUGACAAACCUCAUCAGGGGGAAACUGCUUCCCUCUGCUCUCCUCUGGAUAACCACACGACCUGCAGCAGCCAAUCAGAUCCCUCCUCAGUGUGUUGGCAUGGUAACAGAGGUCAGAGGGUUCAAUGACCCACAGAAGGAGGAGUACUUCAGGAAGAGAUUCAGAGAUGGGCAGCAGGCCAGCAGGAUCAUCUCCCACAUGAAGACAUCACGAAGCCUCCACAUCAUGUGCCACAUCCCAGUCUUCUGCUGGAUCACUGCUACAGUUCUGGAGGAUGUGUUGGAGACCAGAGAGGGAGGAGAGCUGCCCAGAACCCUGACUGAGAUGUACAUCCACUUCCUGGUGGUUCAGACCAAAGUGAAGAAGGUCAAGUAUGAUGGAGGAGUUGAAACAGAUCCACACUGGAGUCCAGAGAGCAGGAAGAUGAUCAAGUCUCUGGGAAAACUGGCUUUUGAUCAGCUGCAGAAAGGAAACCUGAUCUUCUAUGAAUCCGACCUGACAGAGUGUGGCAUCGAUAUCAGAGCAGCCUCAGUGUACUCAGGAGUGUUCACACAGAUCUUUAAAGAUGAGAGAGGUCUGUACCAGGACAAGGUGUUCUGCUUCGUCCAUCUGAGUGUUCAGGAGUUUCUGGCUGCUCUUCAUGUUCAUCUGACCUUUAUCAUCUCUGGGGUCAACCUGAUGGAAAAAUCAUUUACACUUCAGACAGCCUCGCUAUUUAAUAAACCUGAACUAAAAUCUCUCCAUCAGAGAGCUGUUGACCAGGCCUUACAGAGUCCAAAUGGACACCUGGACUUGUUCCUCCGCUUCCUCCUGGGACUUUCACUGCAGACCAAUGAGAGACUCCUACAAGAUCUGCUGACAAAGACAAGAAGUAGUUCACAGACCAAUCAGGAAACAGUUCAGUUCAUGAAGGAGAAGAUCAAUGAGAAUGUGUCUGCAGAGAAAAGCAUCAAUCUGUUCCACUGUCUGAAUGAACUGAAUGAUCGUUCUCUAGUGGAGGAGAUCCAACAGUCUCUGAGUUCAGGAAGUCUCUCCACAGAUAAACUGUCUCCUGCUCAGUGGUCAGCUCUGGGUUUCAUCUUACUGUCAUCAGGAAAAGAUCUGGAUGUGUUUGACCUGAAGAAAUACUCUGCUUCAGAGGAGGUUCUUCUGAGGCUGCUGCCAGUGGUUAAAGCCUCCAACAAAGCUCUGUAA